AGCUCGGGUGCGAGCAUCCGGACGAUGUCCAGUGAAAGGAUCAAGAAACAGAGGAGCAACCGGAGUGCCGGCGGCCCCCUGCAGGCGCUCGCCUUAUAGGAGAGGAGGACCCUCGAGGCCCGACGAGGCCCAAAGUGGCCGAAGACACCGGCCAGCGGCCGGCGAAGAGGUCCCCGAGGAAGGGAGCGAGGAAGAGGAGGAAGAGGAGGAGGAAGAAGAGGAGGCGGCGGCCCGGCCCGCCCGAGGGACUGACCGAGGAACGCGUAUCGCCUCGGCGGUGGACUGGAGGAUUGUGAUAACAAGAUACCGAGGAAGAGAGGGAAGAGGGAAGAAAGAACCCGAGGACCUCGAGGAAAACAAGGAUAACGUCGACCUCUGCGCGCCGAGCCUCGCGUAGCUACGCCGAGUAACUCGACUGUCGUUGCCUUACGCGUCGGUCUCGCAUCGUCCGAGGCCUUCGAGUGACCCUCGAACAACGAACCAAGGAUCUAGUGAACAACGAGAUAACUUCCAAGUGUGUGAGAGUGUCCGUCGCGCAGUGCAACCGAGGGUGUGAAAUCCGUCGCCUCGAUACCCCCGACGCACGUCACGAGGCCCUCGGAUCACCCGAUCGAGAGGAUGCGGUCGCACGCAGCCUCCUGGAGCAUCGCGCUCCUCGCGGCAACCGUCACCCUCCUGCCCGCCACCUAUCGCCCGCCCUUCGCCCACGCAGCGAGACACGAGGGUUCGCAGGGCGUCAGCGCGGUUAACAUCUCGAAGAUCCUUGACUCCUUCUCGGUCAAUUACGACAAAAGAGUAAGGCCGAACUACGGAGGUCCGCCCGUGGAGGUCGGCGUCACCAUGUAUGUCCUCAGCAUCAGCUCCGUGUCCGAAGUGUUGAUGGACUUUACGCUGGAUUUUUACUUCCGGCAAUUCUGGAAAGAUCCACGACUGGCGUUCAGCAAAUGGGAGGAAGUCGAGACGUUGAGCGUCGGUUCGGAGUUCAUAAAAAACAUCUGGGUACCGGACACGUUUUUCGUAAACGAGAAACAGUCCUACUUCCACAUCGCGACAACCAGCAACGAGUUCAUUCGCAUUCAUUACUCGGGCAGCAUCACGAGGAGCAUACGUUUAACCAUCACCGCCUCGUGUCCGAUGAACCUGCAAUAUUUUCCGAUGGACCGACAGCUCUGCCAUAUCGAGAUUGAGAGCUUCGGUUACACGAUGCGGGACAUCAGGUACAAGUGGAACGAAGGUCCGAACAGCGUUGGCGUCAGCAACGAGGUCUCUCUGCCCCAGUUCAAGGUCCUCGGACACCGGCAACGAGCGAUGGAGAUUAGUUUGACUACUGGAAACUAUUCCCGGCUGGCAUGCGAGAUCCAGUUCGUACGAUCGAUGGGCUACUACCUGAUUCAAAUCUACAUACCCUCGGGACUGAUCGUGAUUAUCUCAUGGGUGAGCUUUUGGCUAAACCGAAAUGCGACCCCCGCUCGGGUCGCCCUCGGAGUAACCACUGUUCUGACCAUGACAACCCUCAUGUCCUCGACCAACGCCGCUCUGCCGAAGAUAUCGUACGUCAAGUCCAUCGACGUCUACCUGGGAACCUGCUUCGUCAUGGUCUUCGCGUCUCUGCUCGAGUACGCGACCGUCGGCUACAUGGCGAAGCGGAUUCAGAUGCGGAAAAAUCGUUUCCAGAAGAUCGCCGAGAGCAUGAAAGCGGCGCGGGAAAACCCGGGUCCUCCAGGUGUGCCGGGUGACCACGGGGACCACGCGCCCAAACAAACUUGGUCCCGUGUUGUCCAGGAGGUGCGGUUCAAAGUUCACGAUCCAAAGGCUCACAGCAAGGGCGGCACCCUCGAGAACACCAUAAACGGCAGGGCCGACGAGGAGGCGCCCCCCGCCCCCCAGCAUCUCAUUCAUCCGGGGAAAGAUAUCAGCAAAUUAUACGGAAUCACACCGUCGGACAUCGACAAAUAUUCCCGUAUCGUAUUUCCGGUUUGCUUCGUCUGCUUCAACCUGAUGUACUGGAUCAUCUAUUUGCACAUCAGUGACGUCGUCGCGGACGACCUGGUGCUCCUCGAAGAAGCGAAGUAAACAAGAAUAAUAUGUGUAUAUACAUAUAUACAUAUAUACAUGCAUACAUACGCGUACGUAGGUACAUACAUAUAGUGAUGCAGAUAUGGUGAAAGAGAGAAUAAAUUAUGUGAAUUAAUUAUACAUAUAGAUAUGUGGAUGUAUACAUAUACAUAUACAUAUAUAUACAUAUAGAUCUAUGUCUGUACGUACGUAUGUAUAGGUAUGUAAUUACAUACGUGCUGUGAGAUAUUUGCGAGUUUUGCCGGGCACUGCACGAACUGCAGAGCGGAUUCUCGUGUCACGAGUAUAAGGGAGUAUGUAACGUGAGCCAGCGAACGAAGGAAAACUCUACAUGCAAAGCAGCGUUGCCGGAAAUAUGGAAGGAUACGUGAAACGAAGCGUAUAAAAGGGAGGAUAAAAUUUGGUGGAUGACGUAAAAAUCUAAUAUGUUAAUUAAUACGGAACGAAAGGAACGACGCAAUAUAAGUAAUACGUGACUGCCGGUGCGGUGUCGGCAAAUCCUCGAGAAAUAAAUAGCAACAACAACAACAACAACAACAACAGGAGAAUAUUGAGUAAAAAAAUUAAAAUAAAUAAGUAAAGAAUGAAAGAGAGAAAAAAAAAAGAAAGAAAAAAACACGAACAUAUACCUUAAACAUUGCCAGUAUAUAUCUAGUCCUUAACUUCGGUAUAAACACGUCAAUUUAGCCACACUAAUAGUUUGAUAAGAGAUCGCACUUGAUCGGCUUAAGAGCGCACUUAUAAGAUAAAAAUAAAAAACCCAAAAAAAUAAAAAUUCCAAAAAACAAAAAACCGAACUAUUAUGUACUAACGCUAUUAUAAAAACUGAAUUAUAAUUAAGAAGUAAAAGUAUAUAAAUAAAUAAAUACGAAUAAGAAGAGAUGGGAAAGCGAUAUAGGAAGAAAACCAUAUGGAAAAAUCAAUAUAUUAUAUUAAAUAUGAAUAAAUUAUAAAUCAUAAUAUAUACGGACAGGAGAAGAAAUGAGUGCGGCAGGGUGGGCCGUGGAGUUUUAAGAAUGAUAUGUGCGGAUUAAUUACACACGAGACGCACUGUGAAUAUUACAAGACAAAUGAGAGAGCAGCUCUGUGCUUGGUGAAAACUGAAAGAUGAUACAUCUUUUUUGUUUCUUACGAUUGAUUGAUAUUAUUCGCGUUUAUCUUUCCGUUUGUGUUUCUUUUCUUUUUCACUGUAACGAAAUAUACAUACAUAUAUUAUAUAAUUAUAUACGAACAAUGAGUAAUACAUGUGUUGCGUCAUGCUGAUUGUUCGAGACUGAUUCGAAAUAUUAAAACUAAGUAUAAUAUACAAAUACGUAUGAAGAGAGAAAAACAAAAACAGAGAAAAAAAAAAAAAAGACAAAAACUAUUAUUAGCGACAAGUUGAUACUCGAGUAUUUAUAACGUAUUAAUGAUAAAUGAGAACAAAAACAAAAAGAAAACACAACUUAAAAAUGAAAUUAGCUAUAGUGUGAAAAAAGUAUAUACCUAAUCGCGACGGAGUUGUGUUUUAAUUAUUAAAUAGUAUUACGUGAAUAUUCGCCCGUUGCGAUGGAUGAGAGAAGAGAGAGCAUUUGAUAUGCUGAAAUACAAAAACAACAACCAACAUAACACCGUAACGAAAUGAUAAAGUAAAAGCAGAACGUAAUAUUAAAAAA